AUGGCGCAAGAAGGCAAGAUAAGCGAGAACUUUGUCCUGGAGGCCGAGCAGUUGGAGGAGGUCCUCCGCAGCGGCCUGAAGGAGAAGCUGGGCGAGGGAGCGAGCGGCAAGGCGCUGCUCGUCCGCUGGGGCGAGGGCGACGCCGUGCUCAAGCUGGCCCAUUCCGGAGUGUUGGACAACUCGACGCUCUCCGACGACGAGCUGCUGCGCCUGAGCCUCCGCCUGUGCGUGGCUGUCCAGGAGGUGCACGACAGGGGCUACAUUCACAACGACCUGAUGGACGACAACGUGGUCGUGGACGAGGCCACAGGGCGCGUGAGCAUCAUCGACUUCGGCAACGCCUGCCGCCGUGGCCUGAGCGUCGGCUACAGCGCCAGCUCCAACGCCAACCUGGCGCCCGAAAUCCUGGGCGGCGGCCCGAGCACCGCGGCCUCCGACGUCUUCUCGGUCGGCUACAUGCUGGAGCAGAUCCUCGACGAGAUGGCGCAGCCCUCCAGCACGCUGGGGCGCCUGGCGCGGGAGAUGCAGAGCGCGGACCCCCGCCGGAGGCCCACUCUGCCCGUCGCCAUCUACCUCCUCGACAGCUGCUACCUCUUCGGGGACGACAGCGACAGCGAGAGCGAGAGCGAGAGCGAGAGCGAGAGCCAAGCGGCGCCCCAAAAGCGCAGCGCCGAGGACGUGUUCCUCAGCGAAGCGACGAAGCGCCGGCGCUGCGAGUGA